ACAUCUGUGUGACCCAGGUAUAGAACAUGAAUACAACUGAUCUUCCUGAUCGUCCUGUGAACCUGUCCACAAACUGUACCAUGCCUUACGAUCAGGAUCGCGUGGCCCUCCUGAGUCUCUAUAGUGUGGUGCUGGCGGUGGGUGUUCCGGCCAACAUCGCAACAAUCUGGAUGACCUGGCGUGAGGUGCGCCGUGAAAACGUCCUGGGAGUCUACCUGUUCAUCCUAUCCAUCUGUGACCUCAUGUACCUGGCCACCCUUCCUCUUUGGGCAGUAUACAUUUACAGCCAUCACACCUGGUCCUGGGGCUCGAUGGCCUGCAAAUGGACAGGAUAUAUCUUCUUCAACAACAUGUACAUCAGCAUCUUCCUGCUGUGCUGUGUGUCCGUGGAUCGGUACGUGGCUGUUGUGUACUCCCUGGAGUCUCGAGGGAUACGAGAGAUGAAACUUGCUUGGAUAAUCACUAUGGCGAUAGCCAUCGUCGUAACGUUGUGUCACCUGCCUGUUUUUUUUAUGGAAGAGGGGAACACGGACGGUGAGAAACCGCAGCGCUGCUUUGAGCCCGGGCAGGCCACUCUGAUGGUGACCUGCUUCAACUACGCUCGCUUCUUCAUCGGAUUCCUCAUACCUCUACUGAUCCUCGUCUUCACCAACCGCAGAAUCCUGUCCAGAAUCCAGGACAGCAGCAGCAUUAAGGUGAAGGACAAGGAGAAGGUGCACCGGCUUGCGCUGGUGGUGGUGAUACUCUUCCUGGUGUGUUUCGCCCCCUACCACACCAUCCUUCUGACCCGGGCCAUCAGCUUCCAUGCAGUCAACGAUGAGUGCCUGUUCAACCAGCGCAUCUACACUCCCUACAGUAUCUUCCUGGGCUUGUCCACCAUCAACAGCGCCAUGAACCCGAUCCUGUACGUCCUGUCCAGUACUGGUGCAGGUGCAGGUGCAGGUGGGAGGGGACAGACACGUCCAACACAGCAAAAUGGUCAAGACCAUGCAGACACCAACCUCUAA